GAAAAAAGAAAAAGAAAAGCAGAACUAGAAGAUGGCCGAGGUUGCUACUGUUGCUGCUACUGCUGCUGGCAAGCUGAAGGCUGAAAAGGAGAGAGUGCUGCAAUUUAGGGAUGACGCUGACAGAUGUGGGAAAGAGGUAACACUAAGGGUCAACAAUUGGCUGACUAGCUCAGACAAGUACAUUGGAGAAAUGGAGAAGUUCGAGAGUGACACUGACAAUGCAAAGAAGUGUUUCGCCAGGGUGUGUCCUAAUCCCAAGGGCCGUUUCCAAAUUAGCAAGAAAGCAGAGGAGUAUUUGGAGGCCAUUGCUCAACUCCUUGAAGAAGCGGCCAGAUUCAAGAUCCCAGAUUCUUAUUUUCCUCCUUCACAGAAGAUAUCUGCGACACCUGUUCAAGGUUAUGAGGACUUUGGAACUAGAACGUCUAUUUUGAAUGGUAUUAUGGAGGCCUUGAGAAGUGCUAGUGUUGACAAGAUAGGUGUGUAUGGGAUGCCUGGUGUGGGCAAGACCAUUUUAGCCCAAGAGGUUGCCAGACAAGCAGAGGAAGCCCAGUUAUUUGACUCAAUAGUUAUGGCUUCUGUGAAUAAGAAUCCAGAGUUGAAAAGAAUUCAAGGAGAAAUUGCAGAUAAAUUAGGUCUACAGCUUCAUGGGGAGACUGAAUUUGGGAGGGCCUGUCAACUAAAGGCAUAUUUGAAACAGAAGAAGAGGAUUCUUGUGAUUUUAGAUGAUAUCUGGACGAGACUAGAAUUGGAUAAACUUGGAAUUCCUUUUGAGGUCAAGAAGAAUGAGGCAAGUUCAACUGGAGAAGAACAGCUGCAAUGCAAGAUUCUAUUCACAUCUAGAUUUCUCAAUGUUUUAUCAUCUGACAUGCGUACUCAUAAAGAUUUUGAAGUUGGCCGAUUACAAGAUGAAGAAGCAUGGGAGCUUUUCAAGAAGAUAGCUGGAAAUGAAAUUGAAAAGGAGUUCUCAUGCAUGGAGGGAUGCUUUGCGAGAACUAAAAAGGCCCUCUCCAACUUGUUGGGACACAAUGCUUCUAUUGAAGACUUGAUGAAAUAUGGUAUUGGCUUGGACUUGUUCCAUAAUGUCAUGACCACAGGAGAAGCACGAGACAAAGUACUAACAUUGGUUAGUAAUCUAAAGUCCAGUUCUUUACUGCUCAAUGGUUGUGACGAUAUUCAUUUUGACAUGCACGAUAUUGUACGUGAUGUUGCCAUAUCAAUUGCGUCAAGGGACCACCAUGUCUUAUCAUUAACAGAUGACUAUGUACCGAGAGAGUGGUCAGAAAGGGGAGCAUUGGAAGGUUUCAAAUGGAUUAGCCUACAAUAUGCCAAUAUCAGUGAGCUCCCUGAUGAGUUGGAAUGUCCACAGCUUACCUUAUUUUGUUUUUGCAGCAAGGAUCCUUUUAUGAAAAUUCCAGGGAGCUUCUUUCAGAGAACAGAAGAACUCAGAGUCUUGAAUUUCAGUAAGAUGCAUUUCUCAUCUUUGCCUUCAUCAAUUUGCCUCAUAAAAAGCCUUCAUACAUUACAUGUGAAUGAAUGUGUUUUGGAAGACAUUGGUAUUAUUGGAAAGCUAAUGAGUUUGAAAGUCCUUAGCCUUUCAGGCUGUGAUAUUGAAGAGCUGCCAAUGGAAAUUAGGCAAUUAACCCAGCUAAAGCUGUUAGAUUUGAGUGACUGUGCCAAACUCAAAGUGAUUCGACCCCAUGUCUUAGCAAGUUUGUCGAGACUAGAAGAAUUAUAUCUGGGAAACAGUUUCAAUCAAUGGGGCAUUGGAGAAAAUGGAAGUCAAAGAAAUGCUAGCCUUGCUGAGUUGAAGGAUUUGCAUAACCUGGCUGCUUUAGAUGUACAUGUAUGUGAUGUCCAGCUUAUUCCAGAAGACUUGUUUUCUGAAAGAUUGAAUAGAUACAAGAUUUUCAUAGGGGAGGUGUGGAAUCACUGGGACAGUUCCUUCAAAAGCUCAAAAAUAUUGAAGCUGGAGCCGAAUAGCUUUAAUUAUGAUCAUUCAAUUGGCAUGUUGUUGAAGAAAACAGAAGAACUACAUCUAAAAGAAUUGACAGGUUUCAAGAAUUUAGUUUAUGAGUUGGAUGCUGAAGGUUUUCAGAAAUUAAAGUAUCUCUGCAUCCAAAAUGCUGCAGAGGUUCAACAUAUCAUCAAUUCAGUGAAGUGGGUUCUUUGCCAUGCAUUUCCUGUCUUGUAAUCACUUCUUCUUAAUUUGAAUAAUUUGGUGACGAUAUGUCAUGGCCAGCUUGGAGCAAUGUCGCUUAGCAGAUUAAGAAUUAUAAAGGUUGAAUGUUGUAAUCAGCUGAAGAAUAUGUUUCCAUUUUCUAUAGCUAGGCAGCUUCUCCAACUCAAAGAAAUUAGAGUAAUGGACUGCAGCAACAUGGUGGAGAUUGUUGAUAAGGAGGGCCAAGGGACCGGUAACAAUAUUGUAGAAGCAAAUGAAAAUUUUGAACUAGU